AUGUCUAACAACCUGAAAGGCCAGACGGCCCGGCAGGAGGUGCCCCAAGAGCGGUACCUUCGCCACCACUCGGCGGUGAUUCCCGUGGGGUUGGGAACAGGCCAGCUGCAGGCCCUGCGCUGCUGGACGGCUAAGAGCCCUGCAGUCCUCGCGAACCCGUCGCUUCUCUUCUCCCUGUGUGUUAUUCGGCCUGGCUCUACUCGCGAGAAAUAUGUGUUGGAGCAGCUCGACCCGCCUUUGAAAGAAAGGUUUGAAGUGGACUCAGACGAUGUUUUGAAUGCGAAUAGUGAAGAAGACGAGUUGCAGUCGCCUGACAUUGGGCUCUUGAACCAUAAGAACGCCGCCUGUGUGCUUUCCAUGCUGAAGACCCGCUACCUCGCGGGCAAAAUGUACACCAUGGCAGACCCGCUGCUGGUUGCAAUUAAUCCUUUUAAGGAUCUCGGAAACGCCACUAAGAAGUGGAUUGACUACUACCGCACCGCGCCAAACAUUGCAGAGACGGAGCCGCACGUGUUCCGAGUUGCACGCGCGGCUCUUUCGAAUUUAGAAGAUUACAACAAGAGCCAAACCAUUAUUGUGUCGGGCGAAUCAGGGGCGGGAAAAACAGAAGCCACGAAACAGGUCAUGCGCUACUUCGCUUCGAACGGCAGCGGUGACAGCCGGAUUCAAGAAGCCAUCAUGGCUGGCAAUCCUCUUCUCGAGUCAUUUGGAAAUGCAAAGACCAUACGCAACAACAACUCGAGUCGCUUCGGCCGCUUCAUGCAGCUGACUCUCUCCAGCGAAAAAGGCAUUUUGUACGGCGCAAUAACAAAUUUCCUUCUUGAGAAGGUCCGACUGGUUUCGCAGGAACCCAACGAACGGUCUUUCCACGUUCUUUAUCAGCUCCUCAAGGGCGCCGAUGACGAAAUGAAGAGCAAGUAUCACUUACGUAAAAUGGAAGAAUAUGUAUUUCUCACGGCAAGGAGCGGGGGCUGCUUCGACAUCGAUGGAGUGGACGAUAAGAAGGAUUUCGAAGAACUCAAGCAGUGCUUUGCAGCCAUGGAACUCCCCAGUGAAAACGAGUCAUCAGUUUAUUCCAUUUUAUCCGGCGUGCUGCUAAUUGGCAACACAAAAAUCACACCUCAUGAAAUGCAAGGAGUGCCGGACGCUGCUCAUGUUUCGACAGAGUCACUCAACAUCCUGAAGGAAGCUGGGGGGCUGCUCUUCGUGGACCCGACACGCUUAGCUCAGGAAGUUCUCCGCAAGCACACCAAAGUUGGCAAUCAGAUGCUAGAGGGGCCGCGGACUUUCAGAGAAGCAGAUAUGAUGGUCAAGUCUGUGGCGAAGCACGUUUACGAUAAGCUGUUUGGGUGGCUCGUGGGGUUCCUUAACAAAAGGAUUGCGCCUCCUGGGGGUUUUGGCGUAUUCAUGGGCAUGUUGGACAUUUUCGGCUUCGAAGUAUUUGAACAUAACUCGCUGGAACAGCUCCUUAUCAACAUCACGAACGAGCACUUGCAGAAACACUUCAUCGAUGUUGUUUUCGAAACCGAGACCAAACUCUACAAAAAUGAGGGCAUUCCCACGGAGUCCUUGGUGUGGACCGAUAACGUACAAAUCAUGGAAACCCUCUGCGGCCCCCGGGAUUCUGUCUUCGCAAUCAUUGAAGAUAUUUGCCUCGGACUUCGUGCGAGUGACGAGGCGCUGUGCGGCAUGAUUGUCCGAAAGCUUGGGGGAAAAGGCAUAGUGUUGCCUUCUCGUCGAGACCAGCGAAUAAAGUUUGUCGUUCGACACACCAUUGCAGACAUAGAGUACUCAUGUGACGGUUUCCUGGAGAAGAACCAAGACUUCCUGAAGAGGGAGCUGCUGGACGUUCUCAAGGAAUCGAAAGAUACAGUCAUGUCGCAGAUGUUCGAAGGGGUUGUGGUGGAGGCAGGAAAGAUAGGAAAGGGUUCCCUUAUUGCUUCGCAAUUCUUGCGGUCUCUCAAUUCAAUGAUUGGCAUUAUUCGAGAAACCGAACCUCACUUUAUUCGCUGUUUGAAGCCGAACGAAACGAAACGGCCGCUGGAGUGGGAUGCGCCAAAGGUACUAAAUCAGUUAUUUUCUUUGUCAAUUCUUGAGGCCUUGCAGCUGCGACAGAUCGGCUAUUCUUACAGACGAACGUUUGAAGAAUUCGUCAAGCGCUUCCGCUGGCUGGACUUGGGGGCGGCAAACUCGGACAGAGAUCGUGAAGAAGUGGCUAGAAGCAUGCUUGAGGCUUCUGGCCUUGCACGCGAUGAGUGGGCUGUCGGCAAGACAAUGGUGUUUCUGAAGGCGGAAUCUGCUAGGGCUCUUGAAACGUUGCAAGCAGAGAAGAUGAUGUUGUUCCGUCCAGUGGUUGAGUUUGUUGAGGCGGCUUGGAAACGAGUCUUACUAAAGAGGAGUUUGGAAGCCGUAUUGCCUUCCCUCAUCAGGGUAGAGGCACACUGUAGACGGCAAGUGACACUCGUUGAGCAUGGCGAGCUUGAACUGAGCCCAGGCUUCACUGAGUCCCUGCUGCAAGGCAUUGACCACAUGCAGCAGGUGAAGGAGCAGCGCGAGAGAGAACGGCAGCAACGGCUGGAAAUGGCCGAACAAAAGCGUGCCACCAGGAAACUUACAAAGGAAGAGAAACUUGCGCAACAAGUCCUCCGCAUGUACAAGUCAUGGGACAGCAUGCGCGGCGUGGCGACAAAGCACGAAGGCUUCUUUCCCCCUGAGCUCGAGUAUUUAAGAGAGAAAAACAAGCGGCCUGCAGUUGAGCACCGCAUCAAAGAAAAAUCGCUUUCACACGUGGCCCGGCAGCAGUCGUUUCAAGACCCUGGGGUGGCGUAUCAUCUUUGGCGUAAUGUGGAGAGUCUGUAUCAAGCUCCUCUGAGCGAGAAUCGGCUACAGAACAUAUGCACUUGCUUGCGGGAUGACAUGGAUAAGAUGUACGGGCAUUUCUGGCAGGUAGUGGUGAACCGAACGGAGGCAUUUGGGCUCGCCACUGCACACGCAAAGACGGAGCGCCACGUUGUAGAUCAGCACGGGGUGUACAGAGACGGCAGAGUCUUCUGUUUCAACAAUAUCAUUUUCAAAUGUGUAAAGCCUUCCCGUGCCGAGAUUAGGCUGCAUGAGGAAGCUGCCGAGAAGUCAUAUCUCUACUGCAGGCGGCACGACUUCUCUGGCCUUGUGCGCGUGCGCAAAAGUUUAGUACCCCCAUACAUGCUUCAAGACGUCUCCUACAUGAUAGGCCAUUUAUUCAACCGAUUUAAAGACAACAGAGACUGGACUGGCUUUGCAGAACGGCUCCAGUCUUACCUUUUGGGCCGCUAUUCAGACCCUCAUGGGGGCUCGUGGAAUGCGUUGGUGCAGGAAGGCUCAUUCUUAGCUACCCGUUUGUGGGUAAAGCACAACAGAUUCUUCCGGGUGGAGAUCGACGGUGCUGCGGAGGCCAAAAACGGCUUCCAGGGCUGCCUCACAAUUGUCUGCUUCGAGGCCUGCACUUCCUCAUGA